AUGAAUUCAGACAAAUCAAAUUUACUUUCUCCACCACCAUAUAAUUUUGCAACAAUACAACCAACUAAUUCAUUUACCAACCCAUUUACAACAUCUAAUCAAUCUCCGCAAGUAUCUAUCGAUGAAAAUGGAAAUGAAACAAAAGCAACAUUAAUUGAGAAUAACAAUAGCACUUCAUUUAGUUCAUUUUGCUUGGAAUGUAUGCAAUGCUGUGCAACAACGAUGGAAUGUCUUCUUUGUUGUUGUGCGUUUGUUCAAUGUUUAUCAGAAUGCAAAUAA